GAUAUAACAAUCCUCCCUAUCAGUGCCAGUCAUUCAGUUGCCUUGCAAACUCCCGAAGAGAUGAACACAAACGGGAAACUAACCAUCACCUUUUGUUUGUUUCUACAACUUGUAUCAAUUAAGGCAUCGCAAGACCUACGUCGCUAUGGCGAUUCUCGAGAUUGGUACCUGGACAACAUCUACCUUCCAAAUAGGAAUCCAGUUCUGCCACCCAGUAGGGUUUCCUACUACGGGAUGGAUGCGCCUAUGUACAACUACGAUUGUGACGCUCACUACAACCUCAUCCAAAAUGAACUGAAUUAUCUGCGCAAUCUUCUCGACAAGUGCACCGGUUGCGUCCGAAAUCACAGCUUUCCGAUUACGGACAAUGAAUUUUGCCAUAAAGAUCUAUGUUUUCCAGGUGUCUUGUGCACCGUACAGUCAAACACCAUUCCGCAUUGUGGACUCUGUCCGAUAGGUUUCGACGGUGAUGGGCGGACAUGUUCCAGACGAAAUCCAUGUCUGAAAGAUCCAUGCUAUAGCGGAGUAGACUGUACACUGCAUGAAUCCUAUCCAUACUAUCGGUGCGGGCCAUGUCCUUCCGGUUACGAAGGAGAUGGAUCGAUAUGUAAUAAGACGGACACGUGCCGUGCAAAACCCUGCUUUGAAGGAGUAAGUUGUCACUGGGCUGCGAAAUCUCCUCAUUAUGAAUGCGGCACAUGCCCGAUGGGAUACGAAGGCAACGGAAAAUUCUGCAAUAGGAACGCUUGCUUGCAGCAUCCCUGCUAUGCAGGGGUGAAUUGCCUGAGGAAAAACACCAAACCAUUCUUCAGCUGUGGAGAAUGUCCCGUUGGGUUGGGAGGUAAUGGAAUUUUAUGUGGAGUGGAUCGUGAUUCCGAUGGUUACCCGGAUUCCAAGCUGGACUGUGACGAACCGAAAUGCUCAAAAGAUAAUUGCUUGGGUUUACCGAAUUCCGGUCAGGAAGAUGCUGAUGGAGAUGGUAUUGGGGAUGCGUGUCAAAAGGAUGUUGAUUCCGAUGGUAGAAAUAAUGAAGAUGAUAACUGUCCAUACCUGGCAAACCCUCGGCAGGCUGAUGUAGAUAAGGAUCAGAUAGGCGACCUAUGUGAUAAUUGUCCCCUCAUUAGUAAUAGGGACCAGCUAGAUUUAGAUGGUGAUGGGAUUGGAAAUGUUUGUGAUGAUGAUGUGGAUGGUGACGGUUUAAACAACAAAAAUGAUAACUGUUUGCUAGUAUACAACACGGAUCAGUUAGAUUCAGAUUAUGAUGGAAUAGGAAAUGCAUGUGACAAUUGCCCAACUAAAAGUAAUCCCGAUCAGAAAGAUACAGACGGGGACGGAGUUGGUGAUGUUUGUGAUACGGAACUAGAUACAGAUGGAGAUGGUAUUCAGGACGAUCGAGAUAACUGUUGGGGGUUGGCAAAUGCCGAUCAGCUGGAUAGUGACGAUGACGGAUUUGGGGAUGCCUGCGACGGUGACAUGGAUAACGAUGGCGUGAUUAAUGAGGAUGACAAUUGCGUACUCAUUCCAAAUGCGGACCAAGACGAUGUGAAUGUGAAUGGCGUUGGAGACAGCUGUGAAGAGGAUUUCGACGGUGACAGCAUUGUCGAUUGGAUGGAUAAUUGUCCGCGAAAUGGAAAAAUCAAAUAUUCCGACUUUCGAAAUUACACUACUGUAGCACUUGAUCCACAUGGCAUGAGUCAGGAAGAUCCACAUUGGGAAAUUCACAAUCGUGGUGCUGAGAUAUUCCAGAAGUUCAAUAGUGAUCCAGGACUUGCGAUAGGUCGUGAUCGUUUGGAAGGCGUUAAUUUCGAAGGAACGUUUCAUAUAUCCAAAGAUGACACGUUUAUUGAUGAUGACUUCGUAGGAUUCGUAUUUGGCUACGUGAACAAUCGCAAAUUUUAUGUGGUCUCUUGGAAACGUAACUAUCAAGUCUAUUGGGAGGCAAUUCCUUUUUUUGCAAUUGCUACCUCGGCUAUCCAACUCAAGCUCGUUAACAGCAGAACCGGUCCAGGAGUAUAUUUACGCAACAGUUUGUGGAACGAUGAAGGUGUACACAGUCAAACGAGGUUAUUGUGGAAAGACACAAACAAAAAGGGUUGGAAGUUCAAUACUGCUUAUCGUUGGAAGCUACUACAUCGUCCAGCGAUCGGCCUUAUUCGGUUCCGUUUGUUCCAAGGCACAACACUCAUUGCAGAUUCCGGCAAUAUUUUUAAUUUCAGUAUUAAAGGUGGACGACUUGGAGUGUACUGUUUCUCGCAAGCUCUUAUAACUUGGUCUAAUAUAAUCUAUCGCUGUAGUGAAACCAUCCCUCGUAACAUCUUUAAUGAAAUCCAACCAUUUCUAGGACCUAACAAAGUCACGGUAACCGACGAGAAUUGGUAAUGUGAAUCUGGACAAAACGGAACCCACGAUCGAACCGUAUCCGGAGACACCCACACUGAUUGACCACCGAUCGACGGCAGAGCGAAAGAUAAUUGUGAAUGUUGGCGAAGCAUCGGGGCGGAUCAUAUUAAGCCUGUCGAAGCUGUUUUGAGUGGGCCUGAUAUUAGUCUAUUAAAAUGCAAUAAAAACUGUCAUUCUGCAAUGGUUUCACGUUUUUUUUCGAUUCGUAUACUGAACGAUUAGAUCGAACGUUUCGACCCAACAAGGCAGCAGUAGAGAUUUGUGUGUCGGUAGCAGUCUAUAUAAGUUCAGCAAAAUUAAACAAUACCCCGUAGACAUUUUAAAUAAAAAACGUAUAACAAGUUGUCAAGUUCAUCAUUUUGUC